AUUAAAUAAAAUGGAAGGAGAAGAUCAAGAGUAUGAGUUUAGAUAUGGUGUUGAGGAUUAUGACCUCAUAUUUCCGAAUGUUUAUCAGAGUGGGUAUGAAACUGCUCAGGAUAAAGAAACCUUGCUUAACCUUGGAAUCACUCAUAUAUUAUCUGUUGGAAAUGAAUUCGAUGAGGACUUCCCAGACAAGUUUAUUUAUAAGACCUGUGGACUUUACGAUGACGAAGAUGAGGACAUAAAGCAAUAUUUUAGAGAAGGAAUAGAGUUUAUUGAGCAAUGUCUAAAGCAGAAAGGAACUGUCCUCGUACAUUGAGUAGCUGGCGUUAGUAGAUCAGGAUCAAUGAUGACAGCUUAUGCAAUGUUUAGGGAGGGCUUUACCUUCCCAGAGGCCCUGGAAUACGUCACUUCGAGGAGGAAAAAGGUCUAUCCGAACCAAGGAUUUAGAAAGCAGCUUGAAGAGUUUGAGAAGGAGCUUCAGUUUGAGAAAUCUGAUGAAAAGUUUCAAUAAUUUUUU